AUGCAGGUCUCCUUCCUCACCCUCCUUGCCCUGGCUACUGCCACCGACGCCACCCUGUUCAAGCUUCCCAACUUUGCCAACGCCAACAGCUACGGCUCCUCCGGAGCCGUGAACACCAACGGCCUCAGCGGCUGCCAAGCUGCCUGCGUCUCUUCCGCCAUGCCCCAGCUGGGCGGCGGCUACGCCAUGGGGGCGACGCCCGUCUCCACCUUUUGCUCCAGCCCGGGGCUGCAGUCGUGGUUCACCGCCAAAGUCAGCCCCUGCCAGAAAACUUGCACCCGCUCCGAGCCCCAGUCCGGUGCCGUCUACCGCCGCACGUUCGGCCUGCUCGGCCUCGGUGGCUUCGGCGGCUUCGGUGUGAGCGGUGGCGUCAACGCGGGCAUGGGCUGGCUGAAGCAGACCUGCCCCUCUGGAAGCUCUGCUCCCGGCUCGGCUACUCAGGACGAGGGUUAUGGAAACUCUUCUCCCGGCUCGGCUACUCAGGACGAGGGUUAUGGAAACUCUUCUCCCGGCCCGGCUGCUCAGGACCAGGGUUAUGGAAACUCUUCUCCGACCCCGGGCUCUGGAAACUCUUCUCCGACUCCUCAGACCCCGGGCUCUGGAGACUCUUCCCCGACUCCUCAAACUCCGGACUCUGGAAACUCUUCCCCUACCCCUCAGACCCCCGGCUCCGGCUCCGGCACCGUUCCCCCUGCUCCUCAGGAUACCGAUCACGAGAACGAUGAGCCCACUUCAUCCGCCGCUCCCGAGCCCGACACCUGUGGAGGACCAGUCCCGGCUUCUUCGGUUCUGCCUGCUGCUGCUUCGCCGACUCCCACCCAGGACGACUCGGCUUACUGA